AUGUCUUGGGCUGGGAUCUUCGUAACUUGGGGAUUAUUUGCCGGAAUACUAGUCAUCAUCAGGUUUACUUUGAGAUACUGUGUUUCAUCAGACAUUUGCAGAUUCAAUCUGGGAUGGUGGAUUAUGUCAUUUAUGGUUGGACAGGGUUGUCACGCUUCCCACGCCACCAAGAAAUCCUUGUACAAAUACGAAUACCCGAUUUCUCUGCGACUUUGCUUCAUUACUGGAAUGUUAUUUGGGCUUUUAAUCAAUAUAAUUUACUCUUCAACAAUCCUUUCUGCCCUGUCAGUUCCAAUUUCUGUAAUUCAAUCAUUCGAAGAUUUGCUGGAACAAGGCUACAAAUUUAGCACACAUCACUUGAGUCAACCAAUGCAAAAUGUGCUUAAGACUAGACUGGAGGUAUUAAAUGCGCAUCGAGAAGUACAUCUGGUCGAUAAUGCUCACCAAAUCAGUCACAUCUUGGAAGGAAAGCGUGUCGCAACGUUGGCCUAUUUCGACUAUUUUUAUCGAGAAGCAUUAAAGCAAAAUUACUCUACGACAUACAUUUGCAGAACAAUCGACAGGAUUCUUGUCUCACCAAACAGUAAACCAUUCCCGUCAUCCUUCGUGGCACCAAAAGGAUCGAAAUUGAAGGAGUAUUUCAAUUACGGGUUGAUUCGAAUACGGGAAAGAGGAUUGCACAACAAGUAUUCUAAAGAAUAUGACAUUUUUCACAACAAUUUUGUUUGUGAGACAAAUAAGGUUUCUUGGGAUAGUGUGGCAGCGGCGGAUGUUUAUGUCGUAUUUUUUAUACUAUUUAUUGGUUUAUUGGCAUCACUGGCAGGAAUUGUGAUAGAAAAUCUGGGAACUAUAAUGCCGAGCGCAAAAGUACAAAGAUCAAGUAUUAAUUUCCUGUCUAUUUAUUAUGGGAAGUUAUCUUAAUGACGUUGUUCGGAAAAUUAGUAACUUAUUUGUUUGUACUUUAUCGUGGAUUUGGUUUCUCGCAUCUAUGAAUGAAAUACAUUUAGGCGAAAAUAGAAAAAAAUCUAAUCGUGUCAGUGACACGGUGUCACGACUUCCGAACAACUAUCGUGGUUCAAGUACGAAAACCUGAUAACCAUGAAGGAGUGCAGCUUUUGUAUUUCAAUGAAGUUAUCUGGAAGUGAAAUUUGCAAUUAAAUAUAGAGAGCAUUGUUUCAUCAUAAAUAGUACAAUAUCUCUGUGUGGUUACAUUAUAGCUGAAGAGUAUGAUUGGUAGGCCGAUUCUUUAUGCAUAACGUGGAUUCUACAAAUAUCUAUAUAACAAUAGU